CACGGAUGACGGUAUACGCGAAGGCCUCGUCUCUUCCCUCCCCUCUCGCCAUUUCCUCCGUUCCACGAUAACCGCGCUCGAGCAAACACCACUCCAGCCAUGUUCGGCGGCGGAGCGGCGUGCGGCCUCCGAACCUGCUGCCUCCGCCCUCUGCGCUCGCCGAUCGAGCCCCUCCUUCGCCGGAGUACUCGGUCGCGCUGGCCUCCCCGCCGGCGGUCCUCCUCCGCCGCGGGGGCGGCGGCCUGCUUCGCCUCGAGUGCGGGGGCGAAGCAGAAGGUCAUUGUGAUAUCCGGGCCCACCGGAGCUGGCAAGAGCAGGCUGGCGCUGGAGCUCGCCAAGCGGCUCAACGGCGAAAUCAUCAGCGCCGAUUCCGUGCAGGUCUAUCGAGGUCUGGAUGUUGGAUCCGCAAAGCCUUCCCUGAGGGACAGAAAGGAGGUGCAGCAUCAUCUAGUUGACAUUUUACAUCCGUCUGAAGAUUAUUCUGUUGGCCAAUUUUUCAAGGAUGCAAGGCAAGCUACUAAAGAUAUUAUUGACGGUGGUCGUGUUCCUAUAGUUAGCGGAGGGACUGGUCUGUAUUUACGGUGGUAUAUGUAUGGGAAGCCAGAUGUUCCAAAAGCUUCUCCAGAAAUAUCAUCUGAAGUUUACUCAGAGCUUGCAGACUUGCAGAAAAAUGGUGAUUGGAAUGCAGCUGUGCAGUUGGUGGUCAAAGCUGGCGAUCCAAAAGCCCAGCACUUGGCUGCAAAUGAUUGGUACCGCCUGAGGCGUAGUCUUGAGAUAAUUAAGUCCAGUGGAGCACCUCCAUCUGCCUUUCAGAUACCUUAUGACUCAUACAAGGAGAAGUUCCAAUCCAACAUGAGUGAUGGAAGUCAAGAAGUUACGUCUUCUGUUGCACUUGAGGAGAUUAGGUCGAAGGAUUUAGAUUACGAUUUUAUUUGCUUUUUCCUCUCAAGUCCAAGAAUUGAUCUUUAUAGAUCACUAGAUCUCCGAUGUGAAGAUAUGCUUUUAGCAGGUAAUGACGGAAUUUUGGCGGAAGCUCGAUGGCUUCUCGAUGAGGGUCUUCUCCCAAAUUCCAACUCUGCAACUCGAGCUAUUGGUUACAGACAAGCAAUGGAGUACCUGAUGUGGUGUAGACAACAUGAAGGAAGGACCUCUGCACGGGAUUUCUUAGCUUUCUUGUCUAACUUUCAGAAAGCAUCCAGAAAUUUUGCAAAAAGGCAGAUGACGUGGUUCCGGAAUGAGCAUAUUUAUCACUGGCUUGAUGCUUCUAAACCACUGGAAAAGGUUCUCGAUUGCAUUUGUCAUGCAUACCAUGACCAAACUGGAGAACUCAAUGUACCCGAGGCACUAAGAAUGAAGAAAGAAAUCUCAGGCCGCCGAGAAGAUGCUGAACUUAAGGCAUACCAUACCAAAAACAGGCAUUUCAUUUCUCGCGAAGAUUGUUCAGAUAUUCUAGAUUGGAUCAGGAGAACCCAGGGGUCAACAGAAAGAACUUGUUCAUUCUCCUGAGUGAACCUCCUUUGCUCAUCAUGACCUCACAAAACUCGGAUACAUGAUGACCAUUUCCUCACUGACCUUCAAGAGCAAAGGAUGCAAAUCUGUUUUUAAAGUUAUCACUUGAAGAAUGUAACUGAUAGUCAAAGCAAAUGCAGAUCCUUCUCCAAGAGACUCAACGUUCCAGAAACAAGACCAUUUACAGGAUUAUUCAACCAGCUUGCUUGUAUAUUGAAAGGUCUUUCCUGUCCUACUGUCCAUUUCCUGGAUCAUCUGGUCAGGUCUGCAAGUUGAAUUAGGUGUUUUGCCCCAACCUCUCUCCUCGGUUUGGAUGUCAGCGGGAAAAUGAGCAUCAUCAUUUACCACACAUGCUAGGGAAUUUAAUUGCCUUGCAGCAUUUGAGGUUUGCCAUGUUCAGAAAACACUCAUAAACCAAAGGUGGAUGCCUUGAUCCUAAAUUAAAUCUUUGGGUGUGUGAGUACCUUUCCCUCCGACGUGGAUGCGUUCUGAGCAGAGCAUCCAUUGGACAUAUUGUGGCUCAUCUGCAUUAGCCUCUACUGUUGCAUUUGAUUGGACUUUCCUAUUGUCACCUUAUGUUGGAGUCGCUUGUCUUCUCUUACCAAUUUUGUAACGCUAAUUGCUUUUGGAAUGAAAUCUUGUACUUCACAAUUGAGAGCCGGCCGAUAAUAUAGGCAAAGUUUCUCGA